AUGGCGUACCAGCCAUCACGCAGUCCCUUUGCGCCUGCGCAGCAAGACAGCUUCUACUCAAACUCACGAAACGGGCUACGCGGCUACGGACUAUCGAACCAACCGAUCCCCUUAUCGAACAAAGUGAACGGCUACUUCGAGAAAGACCGCACUUUGCCCUUAUAUAAAGACAAGCCAUUCUUCCAGCCGCGGCGCACAGGUCCACGGAGGAGAUGGAGACCAUUCUUCUAUAUUCUGGUGGGGUGCAGCUUGGUGUUCUUGAUGUACUAUAACUUCUAUCUUUCUGCGUGGUCAGGGCUACAGUCCAAUGACAAGGGGGUGGAACUUUGGAAAUGGGCCCAGACCUUGGAGGACGGGAAAGUGUCAGAGUCGUCGGACUGGACUGAGAGACGAGAGAAAGUGCGGGACGCCUUCAUCGUCAGUUGGGAGGGUUACGAGCAAAACGCAUGGGGAUAUGAUCAGUAUCGCCCUGUAUCAAAUGUCAACCAGGAGUCAACGAGCGGGGGACUGGGCUGGAUGAUCGUGGAUUCAUUGGACACAUUGAUGAUCAUGAAUCUCACGUCGAAGGUCCACCGUGCGCGACAAUGGAUUUCGACAUCUUUACAGUAUGACCAGGAUCGCGAGGUCAAUAUGUUUGAGACCAGUAUUCGCAUGCUUGGUGGCUUGUUGUCUGCCCAUCAUCUGUCGACUCAAUAUCCUAACCUGGCACCGCUCAACGACGACGAUUUUGGCGCCGCUGGCGAAGAUCUGUACAUCGAAAAGGCCACGGACCUGGCUGAGCGACUGCUUGGAGCGUUUGAUUCACCCAGUGGGAUUCCGUGGUCGAAUGUCAAUCUCAACACAUCUGAGGGUGUGGUGGUUCAUUUCGACGAGGGAGCUACAACCAUUUCCGAGGCAGGCUCGGUGCAGCUUGAAUACAAGUACUUGGCCAAGCUGACCGGCGAGGCUGAAUACUGGACAGUAGUGGAGAAGGCCAUGAAAGUGGUGGAUUAUCAACAGCCUCAGGAUGGCCUUGUGCAAAGCGCAAUCCACCCAGACACUGGUCUUCUCAAGGGAGACAGCAUUAGCCUGGGUAACAAGGCAGACUCUUACUACGAAUACCUCAUCAAGCAAUACUUGCAGACCUCGCAAACGGAACCCAUCUACAAAGAGAUGUGGGAGGAGGCCCUGCAAGGCAUCCGCAAGCAUCUGAUCUCUUUCACCAAGAACUCCCAGCUCAUGAUCUUGGGCGAGCGUCCACAGGGUCUAGCCGGAGAACUCUCACCCAGGAUGGAUCAUCUUGUCUGUUUCCUGCCGGGCACAAUCGCCCUCGGAGCAACCGGUGGUCAGCCUUUAUCCAAGGCACGAAAGUCUGCAGACUGGUCUCAACGGAACGAAGAAGAAAUUCUUAUUGCCCGCGAGUUGAUGAAGACUUGCUGGGCGAUGCAUGAGGCCACCGCCACCGGUCUAGCAGCUGAAAUCUCACACUUCAUUCUAGACGAUCCACCCGCAACAAUGGCCGAAAAAUACCCCACCUCGACCAAAUCCAAGCCCGAGAUUUUGCACGGUAUCUCCAAGCCUCUCGAAGCCCAGCGCGAUGGCUCAGAACCCUGGCGCUCAGACAUUGACAUUCGUCGAAACGACCGCCACAACCUCCAACGACCCGAGACAAUCGAGUCCCUUCUCUACAUGUACCGGAUCACCGGCGACGAGAUCUACCGCCAAUGGGGCUGGGAGAUCUUCAAGUCCUUUGUCCGUCACACAGCUGUCGUGGAGAAGAAGAGCGCCUCUCGUCUGCCAACAUCUACAGCCAAAGAACCAGUCUUCCGCAUCAAGGGCUUUACAUCACUAGGAAAUGCGGACGUGGUGCCUCCCUAUAAGCGUGACAACAUGGAAAGUUAUUGGAUGGCCGAGACGCUAAAGUAUUUCUACUUGUUGUUCUCGGACCGCGAUUUCAUUCCCCUGGAAGAUCACGUCUUCAACACAGAGGCUCAUCCGUUCCCGCGCUUCAAACCAUCCGGUGAACUGAAGACUGGAUGGGAGAGGAAGCCGAAGAACUAA